ACAUAGGUAUGUGUAUGUUUAACCUUAUUUCUGUAUGUAUAUGACAUGUGUAAAUAUGCAUGUACGUAUGCAUGUGUGGGUGUGUGUAUCCGUGUUUGUCAUAGGCGGGAAUAUAUAAAAAUAUAUUUCUUAUACAUACAGAUAAUGAAAAUGUAAGGAUGUGAUUGCUAUAUGGGGUUUGGUUGUAAAAAUUCUCUAGGCCACUGCUGUCGCAAGUCAACCUGGCUAAUAGUUCGUCAGGUAGAUAGAUAGUUAUACAGGGUAGAGAAAUAGGCUGACGAGUAGGUUUGCCGGCUGACAAACACAAUACACCUGUGAAAAUAAGGCUAACACUUGUUGAUUAUUGCCGUAGCGGCCAUCCAUAGCGAGAGUUGUUCUGUCAGUCAGCUCUAACGUCAGGUACGGCAGGUGAACAAAAACACCUAAAAAAAGAGAACGAAAAAAAAAACUUGAUUAAAUAAGUGAAUACAAGAAAAAUGGCGGACUCGGAGGAGUCGUUACAAGACAACGAGCUGUUUACACUGAAAAGUUUCCUGGACAAUUUUGAUCUUCCACAAACUGUACUUGUUGUGUCGCCAGGUAACUGCCAGACGACUCCUGCUGUCGAAGAAGGUCAGUGGCUGCGUUUGUAUAAAACUGUUAUCCCCAGAGUGUUGUUGACACCUUGUAAGGCAGACGAUGACUGCGAGUGGGACACGCACUAUGAUCCGUCGGCCAAGACUCCGGUCACGGAUCACGACACAAUUGAAGUACCUAUAGACUAUCCAGCACGGUACGUUGUUCUUUCACCUCCACAUGACGAACAGGAGCCGGACGCGAUCUACGAGACGAUAAAUGAUUUAAUGAAGGUAUCACCGCCAUUAUUUAAAGCGAACUGUUCGUCGUGCUUCUCGCAACAGAGUUUCAUUGGAGAAAUACAGAAAAAUAAUUUUGAGGCUGGAGAUACAUUCAAGUUUCUGAAAAUCGUUCGCGAUGGAUAUUUCGGGAAAUAUUUACAAUGCCAACACCAAGACGGUCGUAUUAUGGAACUUCCAUGGUCAUGUAAGGGUGAUUUUUCUUACGUCGUUGAUUCGAAUACCACUUACACUGUGGAACAACUUCUGGAAGCGAAUCGCAUGCCCAGGUAUCUUUGGCAAGCUGAUGAAAUGGUUGAUCACAGUGAUUACCAAGACAGCAUCAUACGUGUGGGAGUUGAUUCCCCCUCAAAAGUAUUCACAGACGACCCAUUUUUCAACGACGAUUCGAUCGACAUGUCUGAAUCACAAUUCUCUAAUCAACGGAAUAGUUUUCGUUCUGCGAAAUUAUCUGGAAGGAAUAUUAUUUAUAUGGACAUUCCUGAGAUGUUUGUCCAGGUUUAUCACACUAGUGACCCUACUGAUAGUGUUGACGCUGAUCCCACACAGAAUGGCGAAUCAGACGUAAGGUGGCUCAUUCCUCUUAGCUCUGACAUGCUUGUUAAAUGUAUAUCCGUUCCAGAUUAUGAACAUCCCAAAAAUUACAAAGCUCGUCGUACAUUAUGGGAAGUGGCAUCGGAAUAUACUCGACCAUUAAUUUUCUUCCCAGUUCUAGCCCAAAUUGUAUCUUACCCCGACCUUCCUUCUGAAUUCGUCGCUUAUCUUAAACCAAAGUCACAAAUAGUUCUUCGAAGAGUGGAACAUAUCGAUAAAAUUCUUGCGCGAACGGAAGACAGAUUCUUCAUAAUUGGACCUAAUCUUUAUAAAAGUUUCUCUGCAUUACCACGGAGAUUUCGGAAUGUCUCUGAAUUAAGUAUUUGCAAGGCUGGCUGUGAACUGCAGGUAUUGGAAGAUGUGGCCACUGACUUUCCGAAACCAAUUAGUUUGAAUAAAGGUGAUAUCAUCCGAAUUCCAAACUUCCAGACCGUUGUCUAUAAAUUCGGAGGUGGCGAUUACAAAAUGGAAUGUAAAGUGUUAAGAUGUGAGAAACUAAAUUCUCGUGGAAAAUACGAGAAACUGAAGAUACCUGUGGAUUUAGAAAUUGAUUUAAUUGAAAUGAUUGCUAACGAAGAUAGAGAAAGAUGGUUCGUGUCCGAAUUAUUCUACCGUCGGCCAAAAUUACCACUGGAUGUAGAAGCCGGGGAUUUCUACCCGACAGUAAAUGCAAACACAGUGCUAACUUUAGAAAAUUUUGUUCGAGACUCAGUUGUGGUUGUGUCUAACACUCAAGAUAACCAAACAGAAUCGGCAUUUUCAAAUCAAGUGUGUAUUGAAAUUCCUAGUCGAUAUAAAAUGGUUCUAGAUCUUAAACAGGAUACUGUUAUGCCAACUGAUUUUACUUCUCCAAUUGAACGGAUAGCUUUGGAUGCUGAAGAAUUAUUUGAGGAAACGUAUUUUUAUAUGGAAACUUACCACCUCCGUUCUCAAAAUACCGACUGUUUGGGAGAAUCCAUUCAACGCCAAAUAUCUAUGAGUACAAGAUCUGUAUGGAGACGAGAUUUGAAUAUAGUACCACAGCUGUCCAACAUGAGGAGAUCUAUAUCAACAUUCAGCGUCAAUAAAGCAAGCAAAUUGCGGAAAAGCUUUUCACGGAUGCGCAAGAAAAAGCAAUAUCCAUCACAGGGUCUUAUAAGAUCAGAGGUCAGGAGGGCUGAAUCAGAUUUCAACAUUUAUGAAAAUAUCAGAAUCGACAAUCUUUCAACAACUCCAAUGCUAACUACUGCAUUAAUUUCUGCACCAACUCCUAUUCCAACUGCAUCACCUACUGCAUCAACUACUACACCGACUACUUCACCAGCUACUGCAUCAAAUGCAUCAACUACACCAACAGGUGACUAUCCUUCCCUUACAAACAGAACUUCCACCACACAGCCAAAUGUCUACAUCACAAGGACAUCAUCUGGCCAGAUUUCUGACACAGAAUCGAAUCCCUAUGAAGAUGUUGUGAUAAGAACACGAGAACAGCCAGUCAUCACGAAAAAAAAGCCAUCAAAAUUCAAGAACCCAUUCAAAUUUUUCAAAAAAUUCUCCAAGCGCAGUUGAAGCAGUUUUAUAGCUCAUAAUAUGGGCUUAUAAUGUGGUGACUUUUACCUGUUUCUUUUGCUCACAUCUUCAGUAGAGCAAUGUGCCUGCUAGAUCAAAGACUCCAGUAACAAUGAUUUUAUCAUGUAAGAACUCAACCUCAGACUCCUCUCUCUGUAUUUCUUUGAGUCUCUUCAUCUCCUUCUCUCUCUCUCUGUAUCUCUCUCUCUCCCUCUUUUCCUUUCUCAUUCCUUUUUUUUUUUUGGCCUCUCUUUAUGCUUUGUCUUCCUACACAUACAGAUUCAUAUACAUACAUGCACACACACAUACACACAUAAAUACAUUUACUCAGACACACCUUCAAUCAGUGAUGUCUCGAUGUCAGACAUUUAUUUCUUCUCCACUUGAAUAAUUGUAUGUUCUAAUCUUUUAUGUGCAACUUUAGUUGUAGAUUGUUAUGUAAAUAAUUGUUUGGAGAAGACAAGUGUCACUAUAUAUACAUGCCAUUUUUCUUGCUUCCCUUGAUGGUGCUGAGUGCAAUUUUUCCCCGCAAUGACAUUAAUCCAUUUCCAGCUGUAAGACUGCCAAAAAGGACUGGCAAGCAAGGAAGUCUUUAUUUUCUGGAAGUUUCCUGUUGUUCUUCCUCAAUCCAGAGCCCUGAAUUGAUUGUUAAACCCUUCCAUUUGUGCCACGGUCAGGUAAUGACCAUGGUAUAUGUUGCUGGCCAUAGAGAAUCCUACAAAGAAGACAGAAAUAAAAUGUCCAAACCUGUCCAAGUUAGUGUCUGUGAAAUGCGAACCCUCACAACUUCAUCUGGCAUUCAGAAAAAAGAAACCUUAAGUAGAAAAUACAAUGUGAAUAAAGUUUAUACUUUGCAACCACAUAUUGGGCUCUCCCAUUCUCAACUGUAUACACCAACAUAUCACAACUUUCUCUAUUAUCAUCUUCAUUAUCAUCAUUAUUGUCAUCAUCAUUAUUGUUAUCCUCCUAAUCAUCUUUUUUUCCCCCUACUAGCGUCAUUUGAACAAGUCCUUAAAAGAUCUUGGUACCUGCUGCAGUCUUUUGUCAUCUUGACACAUGCUGCAAAUAAAAAGAUUUGCUACAUUUUCUUUUGGCAUAGUUUUUAAAGCUGGACGCCCUUCCUGCCACCAUGCACAACUACUGUGUGUAUUAUGUGUAUUUUAUCCUGUCACCAAUACUAGGGAGGCUGUCUGUAGUAUGACUAAAGUGUUCAUUUUACCUCUAAUCAGUUUUCCUUACUGCUCUUUUAAACAGGUUACUUUUGUUGUAACUUGCUGUAGCUUACCAAGUUUGCAUCUCUUUUGAAAAACUUUUGAAAUUAUUACUGGAAUAAAUGCCCUCAAAUCAUCAGUCAGUGAUUUACCUUCUGAAAUUUGCGCUUUAAAAGAUAUAUAUAUAUAUAUAUAUAUAUAUUUAUAAGUGAAAUCGUGAUGGCACCUGUGCCCAGCGUCGCCUUCCUGGCACUUGUGCCGGUGGCACGUGUAAGACAUUUGAGCGAGAUUGUUGCCAG